UCACCAUAUACUGUACCAUAGGCUUUCUCUUUAGAACUUCAUCAGGGUUGUCUAGUGGUGAAUAGACUGUCAUCUUCACAGGUGAAAUAUCCUGCUAUUAUGGGAAAAUUUGUCUACCUGCUCAUUUUCUUUUAUGUUUCUGGACUACACUUUCUGUCCGCAUCAGCUGUGGUCCAUUUUGUUCAGGCUGGACAAAAUGCUUCCCUGUCGUGCAACCUCACAAACAGCAGAGAAAUAAUCUGGUUCCAAAUGCGCUCAGAGGAACUUGUCACCCUUGUAACUGUUACCAGGCGAUCACGUUUUCUAAAUACUGCAGAAGUUAUUAAGGAAGUCUCAGAUCACUUUGAUACAAAGGAAAGCAACAGUUUGGAGAUCAUUGUGGUGACAGAAGCAGAUUUGGGAUUGUACUACUGUGCUGGUCGCUACAAUGGGACAGUGCGAUUUGGAAAAGGCAUUCGUCUGACUUUUGCAGAUGCAGAGGUGGUGUCGUGUUGGACUCUCCUGGCCUGUGUUGCCCCAGUCUCAGUCUUGUUUGGCACCCUCUGUCUCUUUGGACUCUGUUUCCAGUCAGGUAAAACAACAUGUUUGUGCAACACCUGUGUGAACAGGAAUUCAAGUCUCAAGGAAGUGGGUCUGCAAUAUGGCAGUCUGAAGCACACUGGUAAGGCCCGCCCCACUGCUCAGGGAGUGCAAGGAUUGGCCCAGGGAGUGCAAGGAUUGGACCAGGAAGAUGUCACCUGUGCAACACUAGUCAAAUACGAAUUGUGUGGUUAAUCAAUGAGUUAUUCUCUUCAAACCCUGGAAUGCUGGUCUAGCAGUGACCACAGCGGAAUAGAUGACGUGAUGCAGGUCUCCCUGUACCCUCGAUCUUUCCCUCCAGUUCUGCCGACCCAGAGAUGCAAAAUGAACCUCAGUGUCUUCCACAUGAGAAGGGCUCUGAGACACAAACAUUCAUUUCAGCAAUACAUUCAGUUUUCAGUGAGAUGUAUUAAUUUGUACUCACUCCUUCCCCAUCACCUUGUGUGAUCUCAGACCCUAUAAGACAAAAUAUGAAACAAUCAUUUGUUUUCAAUGAGAGCAAUACUUGUUGGGAGAAUGCAAAUAUUUUACACAAACUCUACUUUUGGGACUUUUCUGGUAGCAAACAAUUAGACAGUGUUCUUUACCUAGAUUUGACAAGCACCUAGUCUGGAGCUCCUUCCUGCUUGUGUCCUCUCUCUAUAGGAAAUACAGCAAUCAUGUCACAUGUUUGUAAAAAGGUUGUUGCAUGACCACAUAGGCCAAUCACAUAAUAUCUUAAUAUGGACCUAAUGCUUGUACAAACAACAUCAGAGGUACAUAAUGUAACAGAGUUUUACGGAGGGUUGCUAACGACAAACAUAAAGCUGGGUGGCACUUAUGUUCUUGUUUUUCAAGACCCUCAAUUUUGACCAACACACACUGCCAUUUUAGUUUCACCACAAAGAGCAAAAACCGAGAUUUGAAAUCAUUUUUAGUCAAUAUAAUUUGUGUCUGAAUGUCCAUGGACAACCUACCAUUUGUAGGGCCUGUCUCUUUGUUCUCUCUCCCAACAUCUGAAAAUAGGUGAAGAAUAUAGGUCAUAGAAUUUACUUUCACAGCACAAAGUUAAAACCCUAGAUUUUGGUGUUAUUUUUAUACUUGUGAUAAGAAUUGCAUAGUGUUGCUGUGUGUUACCUGUUUUCAUAACAGCAGUGGUACUCUGGAUGUUGAAGUGAUCUGGGUUUGCAAAAAUAAAUGAAUAAUCAAGUCAGGCAUAA